CGUUUCGGCCAUUGCGGCGAUCGAUUCGUUCGAAAACUCGCUGCAACCUGCAAUCGAAUUAAAUUCUGCGCUGCCAUCAAAUAAUCAUGAGCCUUCAUUCGAUCAGCGUCCGCCGACGCGAGAGGUUGUCGUUUCCACGUAUUUCGAUCUUGACCGCUUGACACGUUUAGUAACUCGAUCGGAGGCGACCGCAGUAGUCGAUGGUUGCCGACUGGAAACCAUUCGAAGUGGAUAUUUCGAUCUCGACGUGCCCGUGCCUCGAUGAACGCACACGCGAUGGAUCAUCGUACGCACUUGUGCGUGUAAACACAGGACUCAUGUGGCCGCCUUAAUGCGCGCCUCUCUGCGUCAGUGGACCAUGAUGAACGCCGCACGCUGGCUGUGCGUUUCCCGUCGCCACUCUAAAAUGUCAAGAAAAACGUGAGAUCGUCUUCAGCUACGGAUACAACCCGUUCGCAGCGAACUCGAAGCCUCCAAAUGCAACCAACUGCUCGAUCCUGAGGACCAAGGAUGUCAAAACGGCUCAGUUUCUAUGGUCUGGUAGGCCUGGCGUCCCUUUGCAUCUUCUUCUUAGCAUUUAAUCAACGCUACAGCAGCUAUCUCGAGCAUCGACUGCAGCCGGUGAUAUCGGUCAGUAAAAAAUCGGAGGUGGGGAUUGCUCUAAAUUGAGUCACGCCAAACACGCUCUUUCCGAUGGAUGUUGAGAUAAGGCCACGCAUCAUCAAAAUUCAAGAACCAGUAACGGCAUAUUUUAGAGCAUCCAUGGAAAAUAUCACGCUUUCUGAAAUACAAGAGGUUGUUGAUCAACAAAGAAAAGCUAUCGAGAGGGAAAUGGAAGACUACGAAUACCCUAAUGGAAAAUAUGGUGUCAACGUUAGCAAGCUGGAGGAUUUGGUAAUGGAAAAGGGGGGAAGACCAAUGAGAAGCGUGAUUUUGACGAGUUGGCGAAGCGGAAGCACAUUUCUCGGCGACGUUAUAAACGCACAUCCAGCAAAUUUUUACCACUACGAGCCGCUGCUGGACUUCGGAAUCGUGCAAAUUAGGGGGCCUCCGCUCGCCGACGAAGCUCUUAAAAACCUUGAAUCUUUGCUUCGAUGCGAUUUCAAUAAUCUAGAUCGAUAUUUGGAAUACGGUAAAACGCAUCCUUGGGUCUUCAAUCACAACACGCAUUUAUGGAGGCAGUGCCAGGUACACAAGAAAAUUUGUUGGGAUCCACGUUUCGCGUCCAAGUUUUGCAAAUUAUUUCCGUUUCAAUCGAUGAAGAUCGUUCGUUUGAGGCUGCGCGCGGCUGAAAGGCUUCUGGAACAAGAAGAUUUAGGAAUACGACUGGUUCUAUUGAUUCGUGAUCCAAGGGGAAUCUUACAAUCGAGAAAGCAUCGGGAAUGGUGUCCAACCAAACCUGAUUGCUCGGAUCCAGCUUUGGUAUGCGCCGACAUGGUCUCAGAUUUCAGCGCCGCUGUACGACUUGUAAAAAAGUAUCCGCGCAGUUUCAGGGUGGUGCGUUACGAAGACUUAUCCGUGGAUCCCUAUAAGCACGUGAAGGAACUGUACAAUUUUUACGGUUUGGACUUUCAUUUAAAUGUAAAAAAAUUUUUGGAUACUCAUACAAAGAACGAUGUCGGUGGAGUUUCGAGUACAUUCCGGAACUCGAAGGUAGCGCCCUUUCAUUGGCGCAGCGAUCUCGAUUUUGAGGAGGUCGACGAGAUACAAAGAGUCUGUGCAGCAGCCAUGCGGCUGUGGGGUUACGUCAUGGCGUUGAAUUCCACCCACCAAAAGGAAUUCGAUCCCCUCGCCGCGUACCAGCUGCAGUUGUGACAUCUAGUAUAGCCUGGUACGAACGCAUAGGCUCAACACAAAGUACACCCACCGGUGUUGCUAGCUCGUCGCUGCACAGACACACCGAGAUCAUAACAAGUGCCGUAAUUCACAUUGAAACAAAGAAGGUGCUGAGCUUGUUACGACAAGUGCUUAUGAACUCUUACGAUUAAUCUCUUCGCCGAUCUAUUUCAAGAUCAGCGAGAUAGCAAAUACUCGACCUUGUAAGACCAAUGGUGAAUCUGUUCCUUAAAGAAUUUCAGAGACUCGCAAGUGCUCUUCGAGCUUGUUGCAGAACGAACGUACUUCGUCAGAAAUCAAUUUUAGACCAGAGCGUCAGGGCGCGAGAAUCGAACAAAGUUCCUAAGACCCUGGCGUGCAACAAGGAAAUAUCCAUAUCAGCGCAAGCAUUGAACGAACCUUAAAGAUCCGACACUUCUUUUUUUUAGAAAUCCAGAGUUUAACGAUCGUUUUCAAUAUACAUCGUAAUUUUAAACGCAGUAGGAUUUUCCACCGAGAUACGCAAGCAUUUAAAUAGAACGUUUACUCUUCUCGGGAACUGCGAAUUUGUCGAGAAGUUCAACUUUAUUUUAUUGUAUAGUUUUUUUCCUAGAGAGUUAAACACCUCAAGACACGAUAGGAAUAUGCUCUCUUUUUAAUAUGUACAUGUAUGCACUCCACACACACACAAACACACAUCGAUAGUUUUAGUUAUAUUACACUCGACGAAGAGAAUCAUUCGGUUCGGAAUGUUGACCUUUUGGAUUCAAAAGUCGACUCUUGCUCUCUAUUGGGUUUUACAAAUUUUGUUUACGUUAGACUUCGUCGAAUUGCUAAGUGUUGAUAGCAAUGUCCACAAAUAGGUUCCUAAGGUGUUUACGUAUUCUUUCAGGAACCAUAAAACCGUGAACCUUGAAAUAGCAAUAAGGUCCUUUAUCUCAAAUUUAUGUCUCAAACUUGUACGUAAAGUCUUAGUUGUCUCGAAAGUCUAUAACAGUAAAUUUCUGUAAUUAAUUUGAGAUCCGACCAAAUUAUCGAGGUCGCUGGUUCAACAAAUUUUCAUUUGAAUAUUUAUAUUAUUUUAUCACGUGUAAAUUUGUUUGUUAAACGUAAUGUAUAGUUACACGCAUAAAUUUUUAAUAAAUUUGUACAUUAUAUUCCUUGUAUGUCAACUUUUAA